UCCCCAGCGCCGGGGCAGUCGCCAGAGGCCAGUGUCAAACUCGGCUUGAAGAACGCCCACGGGGCAAUGCUCUGGAGCGUCGUCUUGCAGGACGUCUUCAACGCGGAGCCGGCUAUCGCGCUCCUCCUCUUCGUGCACUGGGGGAACGCGUGCAACGCGUUCUGGCAGAAGGUCGGGGACGAGAGGAGGCGCGUCCUGAGCUGGCGGGGAGGGGGCGCCGUGUCGCAGCCGAUGCAGCUCGCCUUCCUCUUCCACGCCGCGCGCAUGGUGCGCGGCGUCUUCGCGGCCCACAGGCCGGCGACACCAGGAGAUGCCCUCGCGGCCACAGGCAUCGCAGAAGAUUGGUAUUUGGCUGGGGCAGCCUCGUCGAUCGUGCAAUUGUGGCCACGGCUGAGAUCAGUCACGGCCGCCGGCGGCCGAGCGCUUACCGAUUCUAAGUGCGGCUGUUGGCCCCCAGGCCUUGACGGGGGCGUGGGCGAGCCAGACAGCGCGACUGCCCUGCUAGGAGAGACGACGAGGCGGUCGCGCGGCGGCAUGCACGUCCUUGGCACGGCACUGAGGAAGGACAACGCCUUGGACAUAGACGCGGAGCAGUGCGGCGUCGGGCCGGCGGAGGGCAGGGCUGCCAGGGCCGCGCGGCUGUGCGAGAGGCUCCGGGCUUUCGUGGGGUCUUGCACGCACGACGACACGCAGCAGUUCAGAGUUCAGGUGUUGGGACGUUUCCACGAUGAGAUCGCGAGCGCUGCUGCGGCAAUCCUUGGCACGACGCUCUCGGCGGCGAUGACAGAGCGGCUCGCGCUCCCCGUCUUCUUCGGGGGUUUUGCCUUGAACGUGCCUCGCGUCGACGACGGCGCAGCCGGCUCCUGGAGCAGCUGGAUUGCAACCGCAUGUGGUGCUCAGCGCGUGGCCUCGCUGGCCGGGCUACCGUUCCAGGCGGGCCCGGACAGGCCCGCCGCGCUCGAGGCGAAGGACGUGCUCGCCGCGAGCGGCGUGGUGGUGGACGCCGGCCAGAUCGAGCUGGAGCCGAGGGCGGCGGCCGGGUACGCCGCGUCUCCGUUGAGAGGGGACGUGCCCGUCCAGGGGCUUUUCACCUUUGCCCACGGCGCGGAGGAUGCGCGGGUGCACGCCCUGGACCCCGGCCGCUCCCUCCUCGCCGCUUCCGCUCCGGGGGCCGACGUCGGGGACGUGGAGAGGGGCGGGGGCAGACGCCAGCUCGCGGGGAGGCUGGGCCGAGGGCCGGCGGCGCUGCGGGCCGCCGACCUCGCGGCCGCGCUGCCGCAGGAACGCGCCGCCAACCUGGCAUGCUGGACAGCGGCGGCAGAGGAGCAGGCCUUUGGUGGUCAGCGGCGCCAGCUCCCCCGACAGCGUGGAUUGGCAACCGCCGUUGGCUGCCAGCUGCGGGAAGGCGCCUGGGGGCACCUGCCCUGGAGCCCGGCCAGGGCCAGCGCGAUCGUCGAAGUCGAGUCGCAUAUCCCGGAGCUCUACCAGACGGGCCGCGACGGCGGCGUCAAAGAGGCGAUCUUGGACGUGUGCUGGAGGUGGCCGGCUGGCCCGACGCGGACGUGGCUCGAUGUCACGGUGCAUUCCUACCCUGACGGCGAGACUCGAGCGGCAGCCGCGGACGUGCGCCUGGCGACUCGCGCCGCGGAGCGGGCGAAGCGCAAGCGGUAUGGCGAUCGCGUCGCGGCCUUCGCAGUGAGCAUCGGCGGCCGCCUGGAGGAGGAUGCCUUGGCCAUCCCUCGCCAGAUUGACGUGGAUGCGGCCAACCACACGUGGGUGUCGCGUGGCCUGCAAGCGCCGCCCCCGGGCCUGGCGAUGCUGGCGGCCAUCAGCGCUGCCGUGGUUUCCGCGGAGGCGGAGGCCAACCUGUUCGCCAUUGCGCCGCUGCCGCCGCAG